GAUCCGGUUUGAUAUGGCGGCGUCGGCGUCGUCGUAGUUAUCAAGCUCCUCCUCGACUGCUCAACACUCAACACGAUCACAGACAACAGACCAACAGACAACUACAACAACCAGAAGGAAAAGUGAUCGCUCGUUGAUUGAAACCCAAUAAAUAUUAGUGAGUUAGCGUAGUUGUCAAAAUGGCGAGUGAAGGUUCAGCAAAUGUUAAUCCUAAUGCUGAAAUAGUGAGAGGACAGGUGUUUGAAGUGGGCCCGAGGUAUACUAAUCUCUCGUACAUGGGCGAAGGUGCUUACGGGAUGGUCGUAUCAGCUUAUGACAACGUGACGAAAACAAAAGUUGCUAUUAAAAAGAUAUCACCGUUCGAGCAUCAGACAUACAGCCAAAGGACGUUGCGGGAAAUAAAGAUCCUCACGAGAUUUCGGCAUGAAAAUAUAAUAGACAUAAGGGAUAUUAUACGUGCGCCAAGUAUUGAUCUGAUGAAAGACGUUUAUAUUGUUCAAUGUCUUAUGGAAACAGAUUUGUAUAAAUUGUUAAAGACACAGGCCAUAAGUAAUGAUCAUAUAUGUUAUUUUCUAUAUCAAAUACUACGAGGAUUAAAGUACAUACACUCAGCGAAUGUUUUGCACCGUGAUUUGAAACCAAGUAAUUUACUUUUGAAUACCACGUGUGACCUUAAAAUAUGUGACUUCGGAUUGGCGCGUGUCGCGGAUCCAGAUCACAAUCACGCGGGUUUUCUCACGGAGUACGUUGCCACCAGGUGGUAUCGCGCCCCAGAGAUAAUGCUUAACUCGAAAGGUUACACAAAGUCAAUAGACAUUUGGUCCGUGGGUUGUAUUUUGGCGGAAAUGCUGUCACGUCGUGCAAUAUUUCCCGGCAAACACUAUUUGGAUCAGUUGAAUCACAUUCUCGGUGUUCUCGGUUCUCCUUCUUCUGAAGACCUCGAGUGCAUCAUCAACGAGAAGGCGCGUAAUUAUUUACAAUCGUUACCGUACAAACCCAAAGUACCGUGGACUAGUUUAUUUCCAAAUGCGGAUCCACGUGCGCUUGAUUUGCUUGACAAAAUGCUGACAUUCAAUCCAAACAAAAGGAUCGUCGUUGAAGAUGCACUUGCGCAUCCCUACCUCGAGCAGUAUUAUGACCCCGCUGAUGAGCCCGUCGCGGAAGAGCCAUUUAGAUUUGAUAUGGAGCUAGAUGAUCUUCCCAAAGAAGUUCUCAAGCAGUACAUAUUCGAUGAGACCGCACAGUUUUCGGAAAAUCACCAGGAUAAUACAAUGUAGUUAAUUAAUAGGGGAAAAUAAACGGGACAGCCUUGAUCAUCGGCGUUAACUUUUAUUAUUUAUCAAGUAAUGUGUUAGAUUGAAUUUAAUUAAUAGUUAAUAGUAAUAAUAACAACAACAACAACAACAACAACUUAAGUCAGAUAGAGUUUCAAUGCCAGUUGUAAAGUUUUAGUUAAGUUUUAGCCAAGUGAAACGGGGGCUGAUAAAGGUCAAAGACCAGAUUGAUGUGACUAAUUAACAAUAUUUGAUAUUAUUGCCUCUCAUCAGUUGCCGAUCUCGUCUCACGUUGUUGUAACUCGUUCAUUCGCGAUUUAAAAAUCGCGAUGACGAUAGUGUCCAUAUGCAUAAUAUUAUUAUUAAUUUGUAUAAAAUUAGUUUUAACAUCACCAAUUUUAUUUUAUCCAGUCAUAGGUAUAGAUUACAACUCCGUAUCAUAGUAAAAUACAUCAACUACCGAUUAAUUGUUAUUCCAAACAUCUGUCUGUGAUUAUAAUGUCAAGCAAUUAUACGUGAUCGGUACGUAGAUGUGAGAAUAUAAUAGUGAUUAUUUAAAAAAAUGAAAAAACAAAAAAAAAAAUGAGCGAAAGUCUUGAGAGAAUGAUUAUUUAAAAAAAAAAAAAAUUAUGAAUUUAAUUAAAGUGUUGGCAUUUAUCAACAUAUUACUCUUGUCGCUGGGACAUUUAUUUGCAUUUUCGAUGAUCCAAGGACUAUUUUAUUUAUAUUAUUAAUUAAAUAAUAAAUAAAUAAAUAUAUAUAUAGAUAUUUGUAUAUUUUAAAAAUUUUAAAUGUAACUGCUGACUCAAGCGUCAAGUUUUAUCCAAAGAGAUGCCUCGAUAUCAUCGGAUGUGUGAAUGCGUGUGUAAAAUGAGAUUUAUUAUUAAUAAUAAUAAUCGUUUGAGAUAAAUAUUUGUGUGAGAGAAAAGAUAUAGAGCAGUUUUUAGCUAUUUCCAUUAUUCAAUUCCAUAUUUAC